CUUUGCCAUCAUGCGCUCCACUUCGAUGGGGUUGGCCAUGGCCAUAGCUGUGGCCUUGGCCGUGACUGUGGCUGUGGCCGUGCCCGUGCCCGAGCCCAAGCCCAGGCCGAAGAGCGAAGGCCGGGCCCUGGUCUAUCUCCGCAGCUGGGCCGUUCAGGUGCCCGAAGGGACCCAGGUGGCGGAGCGCUUGGCCUACAAAUUUGGCUUCGUCUACAUGGGGCAGAUAUUUGAAGGUGGACAAUAUUAUGAGUUUCAGCACCGUGGCAUAGUGUCCAAAUCCCUGAACCAGCACUGGGGACACCGUCUGCGCCUAAUGAAGGAGCCCAAGAUCUACUGGUUUGAACAGCAAGUGCUGAAGCGCCGAGUGAAGAGGGACACAGCGGCGAGGCCCACAGACCCGUGGUUUUCUGAGCAGUGGUACCUGAACCGCGAUAUCCAGCCGGACCUGAAUGUGCUGACUGCCUGGAACAAGGGCUACACGGGCCAGGGGGUCGUCGUGUCCAUCCUGGAUGAUGGCCUCGAGUGGAACCAUCCAGACCUCAUGGGCAACUAUGACCCCCUCGCUAGCUACGACUUCAACAGCAAUGACCCAGACCCCCAGCCUCACUACAGCCCCCUGAAUGAGAACAGGCACGGGACCCGCUGUGCUGGGGAGGUGGCGGCCAUCGCCAACAAUAGAAUCUGCGGAGUUGGCAUCGCCUACAAUGCCAGGAUUGGAGGGGUGCGGAUGCUGGAUGGCAUUGUCACAGAUCUCGUGGAGGCCCAGUCUCUGGCCCUGCAGCCCCAGCACAUCGACAUCUACAGCGCCAGCUGGGGUCCCGAGGACGACGGACGAACAGUGGACGGGCCGGGGUUCCUGGCGAUGGAGGCCUUCUCCUACGGAGUCACCAUGGGGAGGGCUGGCCUGGGCAACCUGUUCAUCUGGGCUUCAGGAAAUGGUGGGCUGCAACGUGACAACUGCAACUGUGAUGGGUACACAAACAGCAUCUACACCCUGUCUGUGGGCAGUGUCACCCAGCGUGGGACCGUGCCCUGGUACAGCGAGGCCUGCGCCUCCAUCCUCACCACUACCUACAGUAGUGGGACCCUCCAGGAUCAGCAGAUCGUGACGACUGACCUGCAUAAGCAGUGCACGAACAAGCAUACGGGCACCUCGGCCUCAGCCCCUCUCGCUGCGGGCAUAAUUGCCCUGGCCCUGGAAGCAAACCCUGCCCUCACUUGGAGGGACAUGCAUCACCUGGUUGUGCGAUCGUCCAGCCCAGCUCACCUGCAGGCGGAUGACUGGGUCCUCAACGGUGUCGGCCGAAAAGUGAGCCAUCAUUUUGGCUAUGGACUGCUGGAUGCCGGCGUCCUCGUGAAGCUGGCCACUGAGUGGAAGAUGAGUCAGCCCCAGCGGAAGUGCUUGAUCAAGAUGGUUGACAAGGCCCUCCCAAUUCACUCAAGCCUCCACAUCAGUAAAAACAUCUCUGCCUGUGCUGGAGGCCCUUUUCAACUCCGUUCAUUGGAGCAUGUCCAGGUAAAGGUGACACUCAGCUACAGUCGCCGAGGAGACCUGGAAAUCUCUCUGACCAGCCCCAUGGGCACCCGCUCCAUCUUGGUGGCAAUAAGGCCCUUUGACAUCAGUGACCAGGGCUACAUGGGAUGGACCUUCAUGUCCACACACUUCUGGGAUGAGAGGCCACAAGGUGUUUGGACACUGCACUUGGAUGACAAAGGCUAUUUCUACAACAGUGGGGUUCUGCACAGUGUCAUUCUGCUGCUGUAUGGCACAAACGAGGACAUGGCAGAUCAGAUUCUGAAUUCCAGCACGAGUGCAUGCGUGCAGCAUGACACUGAGGGACUAUGCCAAGAAUGCUCCAAUCCGCGCUACAGCUUUGGCCACCUCUGCCUCUCCUAUUGCCCCCCGCACUACAGCCCCGUCCACCAAGGCUUAUCCUCUGCUAGCAGGCAGCAGUCAUCCCGCAAGCCCAUCUGUGCUGCCUACCACCCCUCUUGCUACACCUGCCAGGGCAACCUGACCACCAACUGCACCACCUGCCCCGCACGUUUCAUCUAUGAGGGGCCCGCCCAGUCUGGCGCUGUGUCUUCCUUUGCCUCCAACUGGAUCGAGCCCCAGCCCAUGACCCUGGAGAUAGGGGUGUGCGGGUUGCCUCUUUUAAUCUUUUUCUUUCUCUAUAUAAUCUACCAGUUGAUUUUGCUGAUGCUUGAAGCCCCAGGCCUUUCUGAGGAGCCCAACUUUGCCUCCCCUGACCCAUAAGGGCAAGAGGCCUAGCCCAAUUUUCCUUUCUCCUCCCGCUUGGGAGGGGAGUCUGCAUCCUGGGCGUCUCCCCUCAGAAUUCUGGUUCAUCUCUUUAGAAUAGCCCCUACCCCUCUUACGUGGUCAUACAGACCAUGAUGCCCCCUGUUGGUGCCCUUAGAUGUGUGUGUGGAGGGGGUUCUUCCCCUUCCCACACAUCCACCUCAGUCCCUUCCCUUGCCCUCAAGCUCCAGGGAAGCAACUCACUGGGGGAAGAGGGAGAAAGGGGCAGGGGCUGUGGGCAGGGCCAGGACCCUCAUUUCCUCUACCCUUCUCUCUGGUUGUUAACAAUAAAGUUGAAAGUUUGAGCCA